AUGUUGGUAGCGUAUCGGUGGCUAUUGCAGCAUCUUCUUGUUGAGCGCAUCGUGAAUUCGGUUGCUGGACUGCGGCUUCUGCUACAGUUCGGUAGUUGUGCAGGUGGGCUUUGCUGUGAAUGUUGGCUGUUGCGUGGGCCCAACCUCUCGUGCACAUUGAUCCUAAGACUUAAUCUUGAUCAGAGACAAGCCGACGUGCUAAGUAGCACGCUAUUGUCCUUCUCCUUGGUUGCUCACUCCUGCUCGACCUACAUGGGCCCUCUCAAACUACAUGCGGGUGCUUUCGUCCAACCUUCUAUCUUUGCCUUCCGGUCCAAGGACAAUGUCUCGGACCAAGUCAAUCUAGUUAAGGAGCUGCCCAACCAAGUUGUUUUGGUCGUCCACUUUUUGAGCCAGCUGGUCAACUCUAAGACUGAGGUCUACUUGACUUCGUGGAUCAGGAGAAGAAAAUUGUUUUUAGCCUAA